AUGGCUGUCGGUAGCCUUAAGAGACCAAAUGUCCUUUGGGCUGUCUCUCUUUUUCUUCUCUUCUUUAUUUGGUUUCUCUGGGGCUUAAAAGCACAUUUCGGUGGUACUUCCGGGGAGUGGUACAGUUCGAUAAAAAAUGGGGUAGACCACAUAAAAACGCACGUCAGUAACAGCACAGAAGAAGUGUAUAGUGGACCGAACGAUGGCUCCGACGACAUCACGAAUACUGGAGAUCGUCCCCUAAUCCUUUACGCAUAUCACGAAACCGAGAAUGCGCGGAGAAACCUCGAGUUCUUCAUAGCACAUGGCCUACACCAUGCUGCGGACUUUAUCUUCGUCAUGAACGGCAAGACGGAUGCCACGAAUCUCCUGCCACAACUUCCCAACAUUAAAUACAUACAACGAGGGAACGACUGCUAUGAUAUGGGCGCUUUUGCGGAGGUUUUGGUGAAGGAUGAUCUGUACAAGAAAUACAGCAGAUUCAUCACGAUGAAUGCGAGCAUUCGAGGGCCUUUUCUUCCCUACUGGGCGACAGGAUGCUGGAGUGAUAUGUUUUUGAGCAAAGUCACCGACGAAGUCAAGCUGGUUGGUAUCACGAUGAAUUGUCGCCCUCUGCCCCACGUCCAAUCGAUGAUAUGGGCCACCGACCGUAUCGGCAUUGAAACCCUCUUAUUCCCGACCGAAUCCCAAGUCAAACGCCUCAAAGAAACACUGCCGACAUUCUCCCCAAACGAACCCGUACUCCCGCUCCAACAUGCUGGCAUCAAUUGGUGUCCUCACGAAUACUGGGCUGCUACAUCGGUCGAAGUACACGCCACGCCACUGAUAGAGGCAGCCGGUUACAAAGUCGACGCGAUGAUGGCGGCGUUCCACCAAAAAGCAGGAUAUGAAGAAAGUUGUGCGGAUCCUAAAUUCGCGCAGGAUCCGCUUUAUGAUGGGCAAUACUUUGGUACAACUUUGCAUCCGUUUGAUACAGUUUAUGCGAAAGCAAAUCGGGGGACAAAUGCUUUGAUUUUGGAGAGGCUCACGGAUUGGACGGAUAAAGGUAAUUAUAGCAGUUAUGAACACUGUCAUUGA